AUGCAUAUGUCUCUACAUCACUAUGGCAUUGUGUCCAUAUACCUGGUGACUCUCUUCUGUCUACCUAUCGCCCUCGCAGGACUACCUCGAUAUCGGCCGAUUCGACGCAACUGUGGUGUAGACCCCCCUUCAGCCAGUCUUCGGCACUCCCACCGAUGGCUGAGGGAGAACGAACCACGAAACAAUGAGCUUUGGAACGCCACAUUGGUAAAAAGCCGGUAUUGGACCAUCGACCACAGUACACACAACCACACACACCGCCAACGAUCCGAGGCCUUAGCAGUCUUCACCGUCGAGACAUACAUGCACAUUGUGUCAGACACAGAGAGUGCGUCGCCGUCGUCUCGAAAUUACGUGACAGACGAAACGAUUCAACGACAAUUCAACUAUAUCGUCGAAUCAUUCGCCAACUCCAGCAUCGGCUACCGACUGGCAGGGGUGACGCGGACCACCAACGACGUAUGGGCACGCAACGGCGACGACGUCGCCAUGAAACAGGCACUCCGUCAAGGCACCUACUCAACUCUCAAUAUCUACUUUCAAAGCCAACUGCGCUCCAACGAUGGUUAUCCCGACACUCCCGAUGGCAGCACCUUGCUGGGCUUCUGCACGUUGCCCACAGCUGGCAUCACUUCCUCCACCAGACCGGCUCGCUAUAUCACCGACGGCUGCAAUAUUUUAUCCGCCACCAUGCCUGGCGGUACCUAUGGAGGGUAUAACAUGGGUGGUACCACCGUCCAUGAAGUUGGUCAUUGGAAUGGCCUUCUCCAUACUUUUGAAGGCGAAACAUGUUCUGAGGAUGAUUUCGGUGAUUAUGUGGCAGAUACGCCGCAACAACGGAUUUCGACCAGUUGA